AUGUCCUAUAAAAAAAUAUCAGCAUUUACAUCAUCCAAAAAAAUCAAGACACUUUGGUGUCUUGUUAACAAGAAACCUCCAAAUUUUGCUUUUCUGAUUGAUGUAGAUGUCAAUGAUAGUGAAAUAACUGUCGGGCAUUUAAGGGAGAUUAUUGAAGGAAAAAUUAAUUUUUCUAAUAAAAUAAGGGCAAAUGACCUUACUUUAUGGAAAGUAAACAUUCCUUUUGGUGAAGAAAAUGUAACAGAAAUAGCAGUGACAUUAGAGAAUAAUAAAGAAAUGGGCAUUCAAAGAUUGACAUUCUUGAAAAAAAUUAGUACUGCCUUUUUUAAAGAAAUUUCUAAAGAAACAAUUCAUAUAAUUGUCAAGCUGCUGUGUAAUAUCAAUCCUCUAGAAAAUGAAGUUGAAAAAUUGAAGAUUUUGUUGUUUAAUUCUGAAAAUGGAAAUUCAACAAAAUCUUCAUCUGUAUACAAAUAUAUUAGAAAUAACUAUAUUGUUUCUUUAUGGGACAUUGAAAAAGAAAUUAAACCCAAUAGGCAUGUUGAAGAAACAAUACAAUUUCUAAAAAUGAAUAACCUGAUUGUACUUGGUGAAAAUUGCCAUAAGAAAGAUGAUAAGAUUUAUUCAGAUCUAUUAAUUGGUUAUCGCAAAUUUUAUCAGAAACUGUCCAACAAUUCUCCUGAUUUAAUAAAAGGUCUAGGUUGGGAAGUUAAAAACGACCUGACUGAUAGCUCAAAACUAAUGAAAGAAAAAGGAUAA